AUGGGUGAUCGAUCUGUUGGAAAAACUAAUCUUCUGCAACGUUUCACUCAUGACCAAUUUUUUUCCGACACUAAGCCAGCGAUUCGGUUUGCUUGUAUCGAUCGCUUGGAUAUUACUGUUCCGGUCUAUGAUACAGCAGGAGUAGAACGUUAUAGAGUGAUUAACACAGCCUACUAUCGUGGCAGUCAAGGUGUUUUGGUGAUUUUCGAUUUGACUAAUCCUAUAUCAUUCAAUAAUGUUGGUCAAUGGAUCAAUGAAGUUCGUGAAUUUGCAUCAGUUAAUGUGCCUAUCGUUUUAGUCGGUAACAAAUCCGAUUUAGUAGCUCAACACCGAAUAACAUUUGAACAAGCUACUACAUUUGCCAAACAAUUCAAACUACCCUAUAUGGAAACAUCAACACUCAAUUCAUCUAAUGUUGAACAAGUAUUUGUUUCUCUUGCGACUCGUAUUUUACAUGAGAAAACGCCCAAAUCGAUAGACACUCCGUCAUCAGAGUCUAUUCCCAGAAUUUCCAAACCUAUGUGUCACACAUGUGCACCAAAACAAAUGAUAGCGAUUACUUCAUGUCACGGAUGUGCUCUCAAUUUUUGUCGUAAACAUUUUGAUGAGCAUCGAGAAAAACUCGAUCACGAUUUUGACAAUAUCAUUAAUCGACGCGAUGGAAUUCUACAUCAUUUUCAAGCCAGCGUGUAUCAUUCAUUGAAUCCACUUGAUAAUGAUAAUGUACAAGUUUUAUUAAAACAAAUAGAUGAAUGGCAGGCAAAAACAAUUGAGGCCUGUUAUCGAGUAGCUGAUAACGCUCGAAUGAAAAUUGAAAAACUGUUCAAGGAAGUAAAAACAAAUGAUCAUAUUAACAAACAAGUUAAUGAAUUAAGCAAGGAACUAAAAGAACAACAGGACUUAGAGAACUUUAUUGAAACUGAUCUUGAGAGAUAG